GUAUAGUUUGAGGCAAUCCGGAGACUCGAGAAUGCGAGUUUUUGAAUUAUUGGGAAGUGUGCUUGAAUUGUGAAUUUGAGAUACUGUCGUUGAGAACGAGGCUGGUAAUUGAAGACUUCGUGAGUGGAUUUUGUUGCUGAGAUGGCUAAGAAACGCGCAUCUUCAUCUGCUAAACGUGGUCUUGGAUGUGAGCGGUACCCGCGGUGGUAGACAAGCUAGUGCUCAUCAGACUAGAGCUCAGACUAGGACUCAGGCCACUCCUUAGCCUGAAGUUGUGAAUGGGGUCAGCCCCGAGUUGCGUCAGAGCAAGUGCAGGAACAAGUGGUUCAGAACACUCCACCAGCACUAGCUGCUACCCUUACUAUUGCUAUGCCCGCAGAUGUGGUGACCAGAUUAUUGAAUGUGUUGGAGGCAUUGGCGCCUAAUCAUGGUGGAAUUCCAGGUCCUCAGGCUACUUCACAAGCACAAGCUCAAGUUCAGUUGAAUGUUGCAGCUAAUCAGACACCUCAGUUGGCCCCUCAACAGGUUGUCCAGUCUGCAGGCAAUCCAAGGAGUUUAAGAAUUUUAUGGAUCUUAAGCCACCAGAGUUUGAUGCUUCACCUACUUCUAUUGAACCUCAGAAGUUCAUUGAUCGUUGUGAAAAGAUAUUGACUACGUUGGGGCUGAAGGAGACUCGUGGUGUGGAAUUUGCCACUUUCUUAUUCUCAGGGUCUGCAGAGUCUUGGUGGAUUUCGAUUCAGAGAGGUAGACAAGCAGGGUUACCACCUAUUACUUGGUCAGAAUUUUUAGCACUGUUUAAGGACAGGUUUAUUCCAUUAAGCAAGCAAGAUGACAUGAGACGUCAGUUCAAUAAUCUGCGGCAGGGAACUAUGACCGUUACAGAAUAUGAGGCCAAGUUUACAGAUUUAUCCAGGUAUGUACCUUAUUUGGUAGAGGAUCCGAGAGAGAAGGUGAGACGAUUUGUGGAUGGACUUGAGCAUCGCUACCGUGGUCCUGUGGUACGAGAUGUGCGAUAUGGUACCUAUUCCGAUGUAGUUGACACUGCUCUCCGUUACGAGUCCUAUCUAGAGAUGGAUAAAGUUGAGCGUGAAAGCAAAAAGUCACGUAACACAGGUGGGUUUAGUGGUGCUCCAUCUGGGGGCAAGAGUGGUUUUUAUCGUGGGCAGUCCAGAUCUACUCAGUCAGAAUCAGUGGUGCAGUCUUCUAGUGGUUAUUCCGCUAGACAGGGCCAGCAGCAGAUGCAGAGGAAGGGUAAUAGCUCAUAUCAGUCAGGUUAUCAUCCGAGGUGUUCUAACUGUGGUAGAAAUCACAGUGGUCGUUGCUUUGGGGCAGAUGGGGCUUGUUUUACUUGUGGUGAAAAGGGGCAUAUUGCUAAAUACUGUCCUAAAGGAAAUUCUGGUGCUAGUCGAGCUACUACACAGCCGCAGGGAACUACUACAGCUACACAGGGUCAGAUUCAGCCAGCUAGGACCGCUCCACAGGGUGCUCGUGGACAGGGUCGACAGGGUGCACAGGUUGCUCAGGGAGGGGGUGGACCGCCGAGAUUCUUUGCUAUGACCAGACAGGAUGUCGAGGCAUCUAAUGCAGUAGUCACAGGUAUUAUUACUAUUGGGUCUCAUGGUGCAUAUGCUCUUAUUGAUCCCGGUUCUACGUAUUCGUAUGUAUCUCCUUCUUUUUGCUAUAUUCUUAGAACGGGGAGUUGAGUCUAUUAGUGUGCCGUAUGUGGUAGAAACCCCAGUGGGGGGGAGUAUAUUAGUGGAUAGAGUUUAUAGAGAUUGUGUGAUAUCCGUUCAGGGCAGGGACACCGUAGUUGAUCUAUGUGUGUUACCGAUGUCCGCUUUCGAUGUGAUUAUGGGCAUGGAUUGGUUGGCAUCAUGUUAUGCAUCGGUUGAUUGCUAUGCUAAGCUUAUACGUUUUAAUUUUCCUGGAGAAACUUUAGUGUGGAAAGGCAUGAUCCCUGUGACUCAAGGAAAAAUAAUAUCUUAUGUAAAGGCACGUCGAAUGAUUAAUCAUGGGUGCUUGGGUUUUAUUGCCACCGUUCAUGAUACUCGAGCGGAGAAUGUUACUAUUGAUAGUGUUCCUGUUGUUCGCGAAUUUGCGGAUGUUUUUCCUGAAGAUUUACCCGGCCUACCCCCCAUGAGAGAAAUCGAGUUCAGCAUUGAUUUAGUUCCAGGGACUCAACCUAUCUCUAUUCCUCCAUAUCGUAUGGCUCCAGCCGAGUUGAGAGAACUGAAGGUUCAACUCCAAGAGCUACUUGAUAAGGGGUUCAUUAGGCCUAGUGUAUCGCCUUGGGGUGCACCCGUGUUAUUUGUGAAAAAGAAAGAUGGCACGAUGAGAAUGUGCAUUGACUACAGGCAACUGAACAAGGCGACUAUCAAGAAUAAGUAUCCAUUACCUCGUAUUGAUGAUUUGUUUGAUCAACUGCAGGGUGCUACUCAUUUUUCCAAAAUUGACUUGAGAUCAGGUUAUCAUCAGCUGAGAAUCAAGACUGAAGAUAUCUCCAAGACAGCUUUUCGGACAAGAUAUGGGCACUUCGAAUUUUUG